CUGCAGCUGAGAGGUACUAAAGAAAUACAGAGAGCUUAUAAUCGGCAUGCAACAAUGCAGUCGAGUAUAUAUUGUAAUGUGUACGAGAGUAAAACUUAACCUCUAAACAAGGACUCCUACAAACCGCUGCAUCUAUACAGUGUUUCAAAGAUCACAGGGAAUGAGGGAAUCCUGUUGCGAGAAGAGAGAGGGAGAGAAUAUAGAGAAAAGGCGCGCACCUAGCGUGUGUCCGACAAUAUCAUCCUUAGAUCGAGUACACCCCAAUUGUCUUAAUCCUGGAUGCACAUAAAAAAAUUCGGCCCCGGGAAGAAGCGUGCGCACAGUUAUUAUAUGCUACGAUUUACAUAUUAUAGCUCUUGGUUUCUGUCCUACCAUUUUACCAGGAAAUCGUUGGGCUGCUACUUCAGCAGGUACUCUCUAAUCUGAUCGACUGUUUUUCUCCCAUGGAUGAGGGCUGAUGCUGCUGCUAGUACUUACCUAUUAUACUCUGCUGCUUGCUGACGACAGUGACUGGCCCUGGAAUAUAAUAUAGGUAGCAUUAACCACAAGGACCGACGACGAUGAGAAACGGCAGAUUUCCGAGGCGUGUACUACGAUGAUUUAGAGUUAUGCUUCCCUCGACCGGCUACUUCAAGGCUAUCAACUGCCCGUUUUACGACACAGGUUACUGCGAGCGGCCCUACUGUCACUUCAAGCACUCACGUCGAGAUCAAAUUGUUUUUCAAAAAGAUGGAGCCAGUACAUCUGCACUGGUCACAGCGGAGUCAAGCCAGAUUGCUGAGAAGCCACAAAAUGCGAGUAUUGCCAGUGUGACAAGUGCCAAUUCCAAUGUGAUCGAGCAGCUGGUCUCUGAGGCUGUGAAGAAAGUAUUGGCAGAUCAGAAUGUGACUGAUACCGAGAAUAUCGUAAACAAAGUUGUGGAAGGCUUGAAGCCGAACCUCGUUUCUUCUGUAUUGUCCUCCACUGCUCAGUCUAUGGUACAAAAUGUCAAGUCUCUGGAAUCAGUUGCUCCAAGUCUGGGUGCAUCUACUGUUUCAACAUCCAAAUCGUCCCACUGUGUUUACAAUCCAACGCCGUUGACAGAUCUGAGAAAAAGGCACAUCCCCAUCGCUCCUUAUGAACUGCAGAGAGAAAGCAAGGCUGUUAAAAGAAAAUCUCCUGAAUCGGAUAAACCAUGGAUGGACGUUAUCCGCAACAUACCUGGAAUGAAGGAGCAUCGAUCACACAAAGUCAGGUACAAGCCAACAGCCAUAAGCCAUACACACGUAGGAAAAGAGCAUUCAGGUCAUGGUUAUAGCUCGUCAGCUUAUGCUGUUGAGGAAUCUUACAUUCCUGAAAAGAGAAGAAAGAAAAAGGAUUUGUACUUGCCGAAACCAAAAAAACGUCGAGAAGAGUAUGUUCCUAGAAAACCCAAGGUCCCUUUGAAACUUGAUCAAAGCUUUGAAGAUGAUACUUUUGAUGACGACAUUCUUAUUGACGGUUCCGAUUCUAAUCCCAGUGCAGCGGUUAAUGAGGAAUCACAAGACUUGGCGGAAGUUGAUCUAAAGUCUUACGAUGAUUAUGAUGAUGCAGCUAUAACCAGUGAAACCAAAGAAGACGAAAUAGAAGAAGUAGUUUUAGAUGUAGAUAUUCAAUCGUCGCAUGAGGAAAAAGAAAACAAGGAAUUGAAGCGACAAGACGUAGACAAAAGUAUUGUCAGUCACACGGAUAAGGAAAAAUCAUACAAAAAUAAAGAAAUUUCGAAAUAUAAAGAUAGUAAAAGUAAAUCAUCUGAUAAAACGAGCCAAGAAGAUUCAAGAUCUAGCAGGGAAGACUCAAAACCGAGAGGAGAUGUAAAAUCCAUCAGAGAAGAUUCAAAAUCUAUGAGAGAAGAUGCGAAAUACAGUAGUAAGCACAAAGACAAGGAAGACUCUAGGUCCAGCAAAAGGAAAGAAAUUGAUUCAAAAUACAGCAAAAGCAAAGAAGAAUCAAAGCAUAAUAAAAAAGAAGAAGACUCUAAGCAUAGUAAAAGCAAAGAUAAGGAAAGAGGGGAUGAUAAAAAGGACAGAGAUAAAGGUGAGGAAAAACGAGACAGGGACAGGGAUAAGGAGAAAAACAGGGACAAGGAUAAAGAGAGGGAAAGAGAAAAGGACAAGCACAAGCAUAAUUCAAAGAGCAACGACAAAGAACGUUCUUCCUCUUUAAAAGAUAAUGAUAAAAGUAGAGAGAAGGUUAAAGAGAAAAGAGAUAGCCGGGACAGCAGAGACAACUCAUGUCACAGAUCUAAAAAAGAUUUGAAAUCUGAUAGAGAAAAAAGUUCGAGCUCAAAGGAUUCAAGAGAAGGAAGAGACAGUAAAGAUAGAGACAGGAGCAAGCAUAGGCAUGAUGAAAAAAGCUCUCACAAAGGCAAGUCAAGCUCUUCCAAUUCUAAAAGCAAGUCGAGCAAGUACUCCCACAAAAGUUCAGAUAGUCACAGUUCGUACUCUAGUCACAAAUCUGAUAAAUCGAAUGAAAAAACUUCGGUGGAAAGAGAAUUUGUGGAAAAAGAUGACAGUUCGAGUGACAUGAAUUACGACAUAUCUGAUCAGGAAGAAAAAUACAACAGUCCUGAGUAUGAAGAAUUCUCCCCGAUGUAUGACGAACACUUACUUGAAGACUCUGACUCUGAUCAUGAUGUUGAGGCGGAAUGCAGAAAGAUUUUCCAGGAAUACGAAGUUUCUGAUCAUCCAAAAGACGUGACGAGUAAGGCACCUCCAAAGCCCGAAGUUGAGGAACUCGAAGAUGAUGUAUCUAAAAAGAGAGUUGCGCAUGCAGGAGCUGCCGCGAGUAUAACAAAACCAGUUGGUCCAAGUCAGCCCCUGAAAAAGCUAUCAAAUCCACAUCAACGAAUGUACGAAAGGUGGAGGAUGAUGAGAGAAGCGGCUGCAGAGAAGGCCGCAGAAAAAGUGGCAGCAAGUAAAUUUUCGAAUAGCGAUCACCAGGUCAAUGGUAAUGGUCGGAUUAGGAUAGCUCAAGUUCCAUAUGCUCAGUCGCUCGCUCAAGAAAAGAAGAAAGUUUUGGAGCUAGCUGCCAAAACAGAGCAAAAGACUGCGGCUCAAACGAAGAAAGGCCCAACGCGCAUCGCGCAUAUACCUCAAGUGGUACCGCAACUCAUUCGACCGGAGCCAUUGCAGACAGCUAACACACAAAAAUUUCCAUUGAAUGUACGUCAAUUCUACGUGAACGCGAUGCAGGAUAUCUGCUCUCAAAUCUACACAAACUCGGAAGAUGCAGCUCAGAGAGCAGUGCGCGAAGAGUUUGCCUGCUACGAAAGGUGCAAGGCUCUCAAUGUAUACAAGAACUCUUGCAUGCUGACAGUGCACAGACUACGUAAGGAAGUUGAUCAAAAAUCCGAGGACGCAUCAGGUGCAAAUAGUGGUUCGAUGAUAUCGCAUGAGGCUGUGUUGGCUGGUAAAGUGAGAGGCUUGUACAGUAUCAUCAAGCCAAAAAAAGUGGCUUCAAAUUUCGAAGGUGUUGCCUUAUACCAGAUGUUGGCUAAGUGGAUUUUGUCAGAGCAAGAAUUCAAGGACAAUGGCUAUCCAGUGCCGCAUUCUGACGGUGUAAAAGGUCGAGCAAUGUUGUACACGAAAAAUCCAAGAGGUCAAUCAACUCCUUCUAAAGUGCCUAAUCAACGUUACUGCUGCCGUUGCAAUAAGCCGUAUAUGGUAGAUAAGCACGGUUUUGCAGUGAGAAAAGAAAACUGUAUUUACCAUUAUGCGAGGAAAUUCACGUUUAGGGGAGAAAGCAAGUACAUGUGCUGUAAACAAGAUGGUUCGUCGGAUGGGUGCUGUGAUGCUUCAUGUCACGUUUGGGACUUCGUAGACGUGGACAAUCUUCGAGGCUAUGUGACCACUUUUGAUAAAGAUGUCAGUGCUGAGGAACAAGGUGUAUAUUCGCUUGAUUGUGAAAUGUGUUACACAACGCAAGGCUUGGAGUUGACGCGCGUUACCGUCAUUAAUGAAAAGCUCGAAGUUGUAUAUGAAACUCUGGUGAAACCCUCGCAUCCAAUCAUUGAUCAUAAUACCAGAUUUUCUGGUAUUUCUGAGUCCGAUAUGAAAGACGUAACGACAACAUUACUCGAUGUACAGGCGUCUCUUCUUACGAUGUUCUCGUCCAAGACUAUAUUGAUUGGUCAUAGUCUUGAAAGUGAUUUUAAGGCAUUAAAAUUAUUGCACAAGACUGUAGUAGAUACAAGUGUUAUGUUUCCACACAAAAAUGGACCACCUUUUAAACGGGCAUUGAAAAAUUUAUCUUCCGAGUAUCUUCGAAAGAUUAUUCAAAAUGACGUUGGCGGCCAUGACAGUAAAGAAGACGCUAUAACUUGUAUGGAGCUCGUUCUUUGGAAGGUCAAAGAAGAGGCAAAGCUCCAGUAAAGUGAAACAUUUUUUUCGGAAAAGUUAUCGAAAAAAUAUGUUAAAUCUACUGCUGUACUGCCUAAAUGUAUUAUAAACAUUUUGUACCAUACUGUAAUAUACGCGAAUAACUUCUCAAAAAAUGUUUGUCUAAAUACUCGAUUAGUUUUUCCUUAUAACUUGGCAAUACUUAUUUAUAGUCAAAUUUAAGGAGUAAUAUUUUGUACUUGGUUGAUAAUUUAUGUAAUAUU